GUAGCCGUUGUCGUGGUGACUGGAUGCUGCGCGUGCUCAGAAGCGGUGUAUUCUGUUUCUAUAGUAACAGCUUACUUCAGUUAUUGCUCCAUGUGAGAUGAUGGAGUCCAGCCCGGUGCUGCUGUACGGAGAAGCGGAGGGAAUGGUGCGGAGCCUGCAGACCUUCCCCCUGCGAGACACGGGCUCCGGAGGAUGGCUCAGGCAGCACGAGUACAUAGAGAAGCUGAACAUGCAGGCUAUCCUCAGCGCUUCCACUGGUCAGGAGGAAAUGAUCAAGGAUUUACUGGUGACACACAGAAAGGUUCCCGUCUUGAUCCAUGACUUGAUCAGCGUAGAGAUCUGGAAGCAGAAGGUCUUCCCUGUGAUCUGUCGGCUGCAGGAUUUCCAGCCCAGAAGUACCUUCCCCCUGUACAUGGUGGUUCAUCACGAGGCGUCUAUCAUUAAUCUUCUGGAAACCAUAUUCUACCACAAGGACGUGUGUGAGUCUGCGGAGGAUCUGGCGCUGGAUCUCAUCGAUUACUGCCAUCGGAAGCUGACGUCGCUGCUGUCGGGCUCAGGUCAGGACAGGCUGCUGCCGAGCGCUGCCAGCGAGACCUCAUCACUGGAGGAGCUGAAGCUGCAGGCCGAGGCCUUGGACUUUGACAUUGCGCUGAAGUGUCUGUCCGUCCUGCGCUAUGUCACGGACCACACGGACAGCCUCCCGCUGAGUGUGACCACACGACUGCUCAACACCCACAACCUGCCCUGUGCACUGGUGGAACUGCUGCACAGCCGCCCCUGGAGCCGGCGGACGAAAGGUCAGAUGCAGACGUACGAGAGCGGCCGCUGGUUGCCAGUCCCUGCCGAGGACCAGCAGAAGAUGACCAAGCUGGACGGCCAGGUGUGGAUAUCUCUGUACAACCUGCUGCUGCGGACGGAGUGUCAGCGCAAGUACCACAUCGACAGCUUCGUCAGAGGACAGCUGCUGAAGCUCCGCUCCUAUCUCACCGACGUCCUCAUUGAUCAGCUGCCAAACCUGGCGGACCUGCAGCGCUUUCUCAGUCACCUGUCCGUGAGCGAAGCAGCGCCCCCCAAGAAGGAGCUCGUCAUAGAGCAGGUUCCAGAAGUCUGGGACUCCGUUGUCAGAGAGAAUUCUGGGAAAUGGAAAGCAAUAGCGAAGCACCAGGUGAAGCAGGCGUUCUCCCCGAGUGACAGCGAGCUGCGCCUCCAGGCCCAGAGGUGGGCGCAGACCUAUAACAUGGAAGUAAUGGAAGCCCUGGUGCCAGAUAAACCCAAAUGUGGAUCAUGUGGAGCAGAGGCCGCCAAACGCUGCUCCCGCUGCCAGAGCGAAUGGUACUGCAACAGGCAGUGUCAGGUCAGUCACUGGCAGAAGCAUAAGAAAGCCUGUGAUCUUGUGAGUGCGGCUGUGAAGAAGAUGAAGGAAGAGAUAAAACCUCACGUGUGAUACUGUACGUGUUAGAAUCGCCGCCUCCUCUGCCGACAAAACCUCAUAACUUCUCGGACGCUUACGCUUAAGGGCGGCUUUUUCCUGUGCAUUGUACGACUGCCUCCCCACCAGACCGCGGCACUGGCCGCCGUACAUUAAAAGCUUUUUUUGUACAA